AUGGCACGCCCUGAAAGUCGAACCCCUUCGCUCCCUGAAGGCAACGAAAACUUGCUUAUGUCGGAUUUCAACCAUCCUGCCGUCGUCACAGGGUAUGACUCCGUACUCCCUACCCACAAAAAUGAGAAAGAUCUCAGCCAUCGUGGGAGAAUUUUUCGAAUUCACACUGCUGGACAGAGUGGGCGAACCGGAAUACACCCCAUCUAUUUCCUACAGGUGUGCUUUAGAAGCACCUGUACCCUCUCGAUGAUUGUCAACGUCCUCUGGCCUUUUGUCCCCGCUGCGAUUGCUAUUCACUUUGCCCGCCCAGCUCUUCAUGUUUGGAUAUUUGUCUUGAAUUACAUCGCUAUAGUUCCUUCUGCGAAUUUGCUAGGCUUCGCCGGUGGUGAGCUUGCGAAGAAGCUACCCAAGGUUUUUGGUAUCUUGGUGGAAACAACCCUAAGCUCAGUUGUAGAGAUCGUCCUCUUUAUGGUGCUGAUUCAUAACGAUACAAAUGGGAAUCUCAUUCCCGUCAUUCAGGCUGCUAUCCUGGGUUCAAUUCUAGCCAACCUUCUGCUCUGUUUGGGUCUGUGCUUCUUCUUUGGUGGCCUCGGACGUGAAAACCAAGAGUUUCAUGAAGCUGUCAGUGAAGUCGGCUCUGGUAUAUUACUGGUCGCAGGGUUUGGCCUGUUGAUUCCCAGUGCCUUCUAUGCGACUCUGAGUAGUAGGGUGGGAUCAACCAGUUCUACCGUGAACCUUACAGAGGCAGAAUUGUCCCAUUCAGCAUUGGUGAUUAGCAGAGCUACUGCGAUCAUUCUUCUCGUCGCCUUCUUGAUGUUUCUGUUCUACAAUCUUCAUAGCCACCACACGAUAUUCGAUGAGGUUCUAGAGCUCGAUGAGCACCGGGAUGAGGAUCGUGAUAAAGAGGAGAAGCGAGCCAAACUCACGCUGGUCGAGUGUCUUGUAGCUAUCGCUAUAGCCCUCACCUGCGUCUGCAUGUCAGCCGUCUUCCUGGUUCAAGAAAUUGAGCAUAUUGUGCAUGAACAACACGUCUCAGAUAAUUUUAUGGGUCUGAUUCUUGUACCCGUGGUUGAAAAGGCAGCAGAGCACUUGACUGCAAUUGAUGAAGCCUGGGAUAACCAAAUGAACUUUGCGCUUUUUCACUGCCUAGGCCCAUCUAUCCAGACUGCUCUCUUGAAUGCGCCUCUUGCUGUCAUUGUAGGCUGGUGUCUUUCUAAGGAUGUCAGUCUGAACUUCGAGAUCUUCAUGAUCGUUCUGGUGGUGCUCUCCAUUCUAGUUGUCGGCAAUUUCCUCCGGGAUGGUAAGUCCAACUACCUUGAGGGAGGUCUCUGUGUCUUGGUCUAUGUGAUCAUUGCCGUCGCCACCUGGUACUUCCCUCAAUUGAGUGGAGGUGAAUCAUCUUCCUCUAGUCAGGAGGCCGAAGUGGCGGUCGCAGCUCAUCGGUUUUAG